UUAGAUUCAUUCCUAAAUUGUCUAAGAUGGGUUGUUACGAUUUUAUUAUUGGGGACAAUUACACAUGUUUAUAAUUAUGUAGAUAGUUAAUUUACACAAUUAUGGUACAGUAAUCUCAAUCUUUGACACCUGGGUAAUGUAGUCCACACACCGGUUACUUGUGUGGACUAUUGCUAGUGGAAAAAUAAAUUAUCCAGCGGCGGCCACUGUACGAUCAAGCACAAGAUACGCAAGGAGGUGCGGUUGACACACCACAGACAAGCUUGCUCUGUCAGUGCUGAUUGUUAGAAGGUGAUUUUUACAGGAGCCAUGAACUACGCUCGGUUUUUGACAGCUGUCAGUGCAGCUCGGAAACCCUCACCUAUCCGCAUGUUGACUGAAAUCCAGCAAAGGUCACCCCCAUCCAUGAUCUCCUUGGCCGCAGGGGCUCCCAACCCCAACACCUUCCCCUUCCAUUCCUGCUCCAUCCAGGUGAAGAACGGGGAUAUGAUCACCUUCGACGAGACCAUGAUGAAGAGGGCUCUGCAGUACUCUGCCUCCAGCGGAAUCCCGGAGCUGUUGACUUGGAUGAAGGCCCUUCAGAGGAAACUUCACAACCCUCCUACAGCCAACUACAGCGCUGAGAAGGGCAAGAUGGACAUGUGUGUUACUACAGGCAGCCAAGAGGGUCUCUGCAAGGUGUUUGAAAUGCUUGUAAAUCCCGGAGAUAACGUUCUCCUGGACGCGCCCACGUAUUCUGGAACUCUCGCUGCACUCCAGCCAUUGGGAUGUAACCUGAUCAAUGUGCCCAGUGAUCAGCACGGUAUGAUCCCGGGUGGGCUGAAGGAGGUGCUGUCCCGCUGGGACCCGGCAGAUGUCCACAAGCCACACAGCACCGUACCCAGGGUCCUCUACACAAUCCCCAAUGGAGGAAACCCCACCGGGGCCUCCAUGACCACCCAGAGGAAGAGGGAUGUCUACGAGCUUGCCAGGCAGUAUGACCUCCUUAUUAUUGAGGACGACCCCUAUUACUUCCUACAGUUUGACAAGCCUUGGGCUCCCACGUUUCUCUCCAUGGACGUUGACGGGAGAAUCAUCAGGACAGACUCCUUCUCAAAGAUCCUGUCGUCAGGGCUGAGGAUAGGCUUUGUGACUGGGCCCAAGCCGCUGGUGGACAGAGUGGUACUACACAUCCAGGCUUCUACAAUGCAUACCAGCACCUUCACACAGCUCAUGGUGUCCCAGCUGCUGCAUGGCUGGGGUCAAGAAGGCUUCCUCAACCACGUAGAUGGAGUGAUUGAGUUUUACAGAACACAGAGAGAUGCCAUGCUCUCCUCUGCAGACAAGUGUCUCAAAGAUGUGGCAGAGUGGCACGCCCCAGCUGCAGGCAUGUUCCUGUGGAUCAAGGUGAAGGGCGUCGCAGACACCCAGAAGCUGAUCAUGGAGAAGGCUAUGGAGAAGGAGGUGCUGCUUGUCCCUGGAGGUGUAUUCAUGAUCAACAGCUCAGACUCGUGUCCUUAUGUCAGAGCGGCCUUCUCCCUCUCCACACCGGAACAGAUCGACGAGGCUUUCAAGAGGCUCUCUGCACUCAUCAAGGAAUCUUUGUGAGGAGCACAUCAGAUACCAACUGGACGACAAACUAUUUUCAUUGGCAGAGAUCUUUUUUUUUUUACAAAAUCACUAGCUUUUAUUAGUCGCAUGUACGGGAUACACCGCCCGACGAAAUGCUUAUUUGCAGGGUCCUACUCGACAAUGAAACAACCAUAAGAAAUAAUAAAAUAUAAAGAAUAUGAACAUUAAUGGCUCGGUAGAAUAGAAGAAACAUUUUAGCAUAAGUUUAAUACAGGAAGGCACAAUUUAUAGUCUAUAGUAUUUACCAAUCAUAAGACUUUGGUAUCUGUGUGUGUGUGUGUGUGUGUGUGUGUGUGUGUGUGUGCUCCGAUACCGUCUGCUGUGGGCCUUCCUCCAGCACCGCUUUGAGUAGAUGCCCUGGAUGGGUGGGAGCACAGUGCCAGUGAUGUACUGGGCCGUCUUCACCGCCUGCCGGAGGGCCUUGCGGUUAUGGACAGAGCAAUUCCCGUACCAGGCCGUGAUGCAACCAGUCAGGGCGCUCUCAGUGGUGCAGCGAUAGUAUUUGGAGAGGACCCAGGUCUCAUGCAGAAUUUCUUCAGCCGCCUUAGGAAGUAGCGACGCUGUUGCUUCCUCUUGACAAGAGUGGUGGUGGUGUUGGUCCACGUCAAGUCCACAGUGAUGUGGACGCUGAGGAACUUAAAACCAGCUGACUCUACUGCAGUCCCGUUGAUGUGUUUCGGGGCAUGUUCCCUCUGCUUCCUGAAGUCAGCAAUCAAUGCCACAAACUUGAAUCACCUGCAAUCACAAAGACAAGGUACACAUGUUGCCUUGGAGAUGACUGUGAAUGUAAUCACUGUUUUGCAGUCCUUGGUCUAGCGUGGUAGCUAACACUGUGUCACACUAUUUACAACUCCACAACUAAAUUAGCAUUACUUGAGCCGAGCAUUUCUGAACACCAAAACGUUCAUAGUUUUGAACUGAAAUGUUAGACAGUAUGUAUGCUGAACAAAAAUAUAAAUGCAACAUGCAACAAAUUCAAAAGAUUUUAGUGAGUUACAAUUCAUAUAAGGAAAUCAGUCAAUUUAAAUAAAUUCAUUAGGCCCUAAUCUAUGGAUUUCACAUGACUGGGAAUUGUCCCAAUCCUCUUCAAUGGCUGUGAAAAGUUUCUGGAUGCUGGCGGGAACUGAAACACGCUGUCGUACAUAUCAAUCCAGAGCAUCCCAAACAUGCUCAAUGGGUGGGUGACAUGUCUGGUUAGUAUGCAGUCCAUGGAAGAACUGGGACAUUUUCAGCUUCUAGGAAUUGUGUACAGAUCCUUGCGUCAUGGGGCCGUGAAUUAUCAUGAAACAGGAGGUGAUGGCGGCGGAUGAAUGGCAUGACAAUGGGCCUCAGGAUCUUGUUACGAUAUAUCUGUGCAUUCAAAUUGCCAUCGAUAAAAAUGCAAUUGUGUUCAUUGUCCGUAACUUAUGCCUGCCCAUACCAUAACCCCACUGACACCAUGGGGCACUCUGCUCACAACGUUGAUAUCAGCAAACCGCUCACCCACACAACGACAUACACGUGGUCUGCGGUUGUGAGGCCGAUUGAACGCACUGCCAAAUUCUCUAAAAAGACGUUGAAGGCGGCUUAUGGUAGAGAAAUUAACAUUCAAUUCUCUAGCAACAGCUCUGGUUGACAUUUCCGCAGUCAGCAUGCCAAUUGCACGCUCCCUCAACUUGAAUCAUCUGUAGAAUUGUGUUGGGUCACAAAACUGCACAUUUUAAGGUGCACCUGUGUAAUGAUCAUGCUGUUUAAUUAGCUUCUUGAUAUGCAACACCUGUCAGGUAGAUGGAUUAUCUUGAUAAAAGACAAAUGCUCACUAACGGGGAUAUAAACACAUUUGUGCACAAAAUUUGAGAAAAAUAAGCUUUUUGUGCAAAUGGAACAUUUCUGGGAUCUUUUAUUUCAGCUCAUGAAACAUGGUACCAACACUUCACAUGUUACGUUUAUAUUUUUGUUCAGUAUACAUUUGUAAAGAUUAGAGAAAAUGUUGAUUGAUCCAUGCACUGUUAUACUGUCAUGAUUUCUGUUGCGGGAAAGUAAAUUAAAAUAUUUUGUUACAGUG